AUGCUGAUAGCUCUACUGAUGGGCUACAAAAGGGGAUGGAGCAACACCGAUCUCUUCAUCCUAAAUGUCAUCGUCAUCGACCUCGUCGUGGUCAGCAUCAGCGCGCCGCUGGCGGUUGUCGGGCAGGCGUUCCCGUCGUUUCCUCUGGGAGAGUCCGGCUGCAAAGCGGCGGUGUACUUUCCGUACUUCAGCAGCGUUGCUGUCCCCAUGGGGGUCCUGUCCUUGGUGCUGAACGCGGCCACCCAGCGGGUUUUCCGCGCCCUCUGUCCCCGAUGGGUCGUUUACACCGCACUCCUCUUCACCUGGGUCGUCGCCAUCCACGUUCCUAUCCCCGCAAUCGUGCAUGCUACAGUAACGAGUCUGCUAACAUAUGGCGAAAUCGUUUUCGUCUGCUGGACCGUGUGGCCUUGGGACCCCAAUGUGUACGACACGGUGAUCUUCGCGCUCUUCUACGCCCUUCCCGCCCUGAUGCUCCUGGCUUUCUGCAUCGUCAUUAUCGCCGUCCGCCGUCAGGCGACAGGUCCCGCGGGCCCCCAAGACGGGAGGCGUACGGACAUCUUGAUCAUCAUCAUGGCUGCUCUCUUCGUCGCGAUGUACCUGCCGUUUUACGUGGCUCAUCUGUGCUUUAGUUACGGGUCGGGUUACGACACGAUGGCGUUGAUCAGUGUAUCAAAGGUAGGACAGUGCCUGGUGUACCUCAACUCCGCCCUGAAGCCUCUUCUCUGCGCCUGUCUGUAUGACCGCUUCCGGAGCGCCUUCGUCUCUGUCCGCGGACGGGACGGACUGGCUGGUGGUACCGGCGACCGCGGGACGGAACUGGGCUCUCUGUAA